GCGUGCGCACAGUCCUGCGUGUGAUACCUCCUGGGACUGCUGUUACUCGCACGACGCGUUUCUAGCGAUGAGCCGGAGACACUCGAAGACGGGAACACAAUGGCGAGCUUACAACUUCCGGCUUGUGCCGUGGCGUGCUCAAAGUACAUCGGGAAACACGACAAGAUAUGCAGCUAUCACAAGGUCUUCACUUCUGCCGUCACACGUUGCGUCCAGAAGAAAUGCCCGACCCUCGAAGACGUGCUGCAAUGGCAGACUCAGUACGCUUCGGUAUGCGGCCUUCCCCCGCGCGACCAAGGAACUUUGGAAAUCAGCGUGACAUACGCACUAUUCGCCGUGGCUACUGUCUCAUUCGCGGGUCGCCUCCUCUCUCGAUCGAAGUUCAUGAACGGCCUUGGUUUCUGGUGGGAUGAUUUGCUGGUCCUAGUGCUUUGGAUGAUGUCGAUUGAGCUGGUGGUAUGCCUGGCAAUUAUGCGGCAUAAUGGCGCUGGCAGAGAUGCAAUAGACUGGAUCAGCAGAGACCACGUCGAGAGAGUGUUGUUGUGGGUGUACGCCAGCGAGCCAUUCUACAUCAUUGGCACUUAUAGUUCCAAACUUGUCUGGGUACUAUUGUAUCUGCGCAUGUGGGAAGCCAAUACUAUGUUUCGCAAAGUGUGCUGGGGCACAGCUGGCCUUAUGAUAAUGGGUCUGGUAGGGUUUGGUGUAGCAGCUAUCGCCGUUUUUUGGCCUCAUCAGUACUACAUGGGAGAUUCGGCAGUCGUCCGCACUCAUCGAUCUGGCAUCGACUUGAUACCGGCUGUGCUCAGCAUCGGAGUGCUCAACGUAGCUGGUGAUUUCUGGGUGCUGCUGCUUCCGAUACCCAAGCUGAUCACUCUCGACAGUAUCACAAGACAGCGUAGGAUGUGGAUCUGCACAAUUUUCUUGCUCGGCUUCGUUGUGACCGUCUGCAGUAUGGUCCGCUUCACCACGAUCCUACCCCUACGAAACACAACCAACGCCACUUGGGAUUUUGGUCACUUUGUGAUUUGGAGCGAGAUCGAAAUACAUCUGUCGGUGGUCACCUGCAACUUACCCGCGCUUGCUGGCUUGAUACAUCGAUUGAGAUGGCGCCAUCGAAGGUGCAUCACGAGCCAGGGAGAAGAGGACCAGCAGCCUUCCGGAAUAGCAAGGUCGAAUGCAACCAAGCAAGGCACGUCUGUCUUUGACAAGAUGUGCAAUGUCGAUGAUGACUUGUGUGAGGACAGUAAUGGCAGGAUAGUAAGGCGAGAGAAAGAUCCGAAGCCACCGGAUUAGAACUGAUUCAAUAUUGAGAAAAUAAAAAUGAAGCAUUCACGACCCUG